GAUCUACUGUAGCUGAUCUAUCUGUUCCUGGUCAAUAUAGGAUUAUCCGACCUGGUAGUGCUCUGGAAUUUGUUGAAUCCCGGCUGUUGAAAGAAGGUUUAGUGAAAAGGAUCGAAAUAAAAUAAAAAUGGAUCUUAUCAUACAAGCCUCCUACAUCAGUGAUGUAUUGGUUGACCAGCUUGUUAUGAACAGCAGAGGUCAACUGUAUGCAGACACAGCUGUUCUCAGCUGUAACCAAAUACAGACAUUUACAGCUGUCAACAUCUCUCCACCUAGCUCACCGAGAUCUGGAUCCCCUGCUCCCCGAGGAGAUGGGUCACCCAUCCUGUUUCCAGCCGAACCAUCUACUGCUCAACCUAUUCUCCUGAGUGAGGAUACGCAGAUACAGAAUCUAGUUAUGGAUCCUGAACACGCAAGUGCUCUUUUUGAUCUUAUAUCAAAAAGUGAUAUCUAUCGGAGGAAGUUUUGUCGGUUUUGGACCCGACGAGGGAUACGGAAUAUUUCUCCCCUGGCUAAGAGAGAUGAUCCUAAUAUGAUAUUAAAAAUAAAACUGCACUUACCUGCUGUAAGAACUGUUGAUUAUUUUGGAUGCCACAUAUCUAACAAGUUGCUCUGGGAGUUUAUUGAACUUGAGGAUGCUCUUCACUGGCUCUCUACACUAGGUGGUGCUUUCUCUAACCUAGGAGAACAUAGACAGGAGUUCGCAGUCAGAGCAGGAGAGAAUGCCAUGAAACAAUUAGCUGUUGCCAUGAAAUUUGGCGAUAAAACUGUUAUUGCUAAGUGUUGGCUAUUUGUUGCCAUGUCCAGUAUGCAGCAAGGAAAGUAUUCUACCUCAGCAACUAUCAUAAAAAGAGUUUUCAAACAAACUAAAGCAAAAGGAAUGCGGGAAUUGGCGGGAACUGCAAAGAUUGUAACAAUUUGCCGCGGCAUUUGGGCUAGGCUGGUCUACGAGGCAAACAAAGAUCAAAGCUCCAGUGUCCCUAUGUGUGAAGAACUAGAAGUUGAGUUCAAGUUCCAGGUUUCUUCAGAAUAUACCAAUAUCAUGCUGGAGAAGAUAGGAGCUCAACAGAUUAAGACCUCCAGGUUUACUGAUGUGUAUAUUGAUAGACAAGGGUUGCAGCUCCUAAAGAAAGAUCAUUGGUUACGUUUCAGGGAUGGCAAGGUUGAACUAAAGUGUCCUGUAAAGAAUAUUCAUCACUUGAACUCUAAUUCAACUUACAGAGAGUUGAAAGAUGUUCGAAGUAUAAAUGAAGAACUUGGUAUCAAACUUCCCAACCUAUCUCCAGCAGAUUUAGAAGAUCUUAAACCUGGAGAUGUACUUGGUAAGAAAGCAAAGAAUGAUAACCUUGAAAAUACUCCUGAUGCUACUUCUGAAGAUAAAUCGGAUAAUGACUGGAUGAUUUUGCUCACACUAACAACAACCAGAGAGUUGUGGAGAAUUGAUGAUAUUAAUAUCUGUAUUGACAAACUUGAUGAUGGAUUUAUUCUUGGAGAAAUGGAAAUAUUAGUACACAAUCCGUCCCAGGUUCCUUUGGCCACUGCUAGGCUGGAUGAACUUGCUGUAGAAUUAAGACUGCAAAAGCUGGAAGAGGGUAAAAUUGAACAUUGCUUAAGGACUCAGAAUCCAGAUGCCCUUGUGUUCUUGCGUCGCCUGAGAAACCCUGGAAACCAGUUUUUUUUAGAAAUAAAUAAAAAUAAGAUUUAAAAGAUUAUUUGCAUUUUCAG